CCGCGUCGCUAAAACAAGCAAACCAUACCAAAAAAAGGAGGAAAAUGCACGCGUUGGUCCAUACGUUUCUCCGCUGUCUUUCUUUGCUCUUGCCUUCCCACUGGUUUCAGUUAGGUUUUUGCUGGUGGAUUGAAGAUGAAUGCGGAAAGACGAUAUGGCCCAAUCCCAGAGCUCGUUUCAAAGGAAGAAAGCCUCUUACCGACCAGGAAGUAAGCGCACACAACGCUUUCAUCCCCUCCUCUUCCCCUGCUCCGAGCUGCAUCUCGCUUGCUGCUAGCCCUUCGCCGCCACAGGACACUCCGCAGGGUACAAUCGGGGAGCUGUGGCAAUUUUUGGAGCGCUUCUUUGGGAUACCUCUUUCUAUCCUCCAGCACUGGUUCCCAAAGCGUCGGCCUUUAUUUGCUCAGUAUCCUUUCACCUGCAAAUCAACUACCGAAGGUAUCGAGGAUAGCGCAGUUGUUGCUGAGAGAUCUCAGAACAUAAUAGUUUCUGCAGAGGACGGUAACCAGCCGAAAACCAAAGCUUUCAUUCAGGACAGUAUGAGCGCGGCAAUGGAGUUGCCUUGCCAGGGAGAAUCUAUGUCAGAUUCAGCAAGACUGAUAACGGCUGAGGAAGAGGGAGCGGACGAUAGACAGCUGCAGGGGAUGAUGACUCAAGUAAAGAUAACUGUUGCCAUUCAGGCAGCUGAAGACGAGGAAUUAGAUGACGAAAACUCCUCAAACCCUAUAGAUUUCCUUGAGGGCAGCGGCAGCGAAGAUGAAGUUGGAAGACACGAUAAAUCCAGUGGUGCAGGUACAAGUGGCGGGGAACUGGAGGAGGUGAGCUGGCAGCCCCCGGACCCUGAGCUGAUGGAAAAGCUGGUGACACAGAUCGAAUAUUACCUGUCUGAUGAGAAUCUGGAGCACGACGCUUUCCUGCUCAAGCAUGUCCGUCGUAACAAGCUGGGCUUCGUCAGUGUUAAACUGCUGACAUCCUUCAAGAAGGUGAAGCAUCUAACUCGAGACUGGAGAACGACUGCAUACGCGCUGAGACAGUCGACGCUGCUGGAGCUGAACGAGGAGGGGCGGAAGGUGAGGCGGCGAUCCCCGGUGCCCGUGUUCGCGAGCGAGAGCCUGCCCAGCCGCAUGCUGCUGCUCAGCGAGCUGCAGAGCUGGCCUGAGCUGGGCGUGGCCCUGGAGGGCGGGGCGGGGGACGGCAGCGAAGGCGGCGGGGUUACUCAGCAGGAGCGCCUGAUGGAGCUGCUGCUCAAGGCCUUCGGGACGUACGGCCCCAUCGCCUCCGUGCGCGUCCUGAAACCGGCGAAGGAACUUCCAGCUGACCUGAAGAAGCUGAGCGGACGCUACACCCAGCUGGGGGUGGAGGAGUGCGCCAUCGUGGAGUUUGAGGAGGUGGAGGCUGCCGUGAGGGCCCACGAGGCCGUGGCAGGAGAGGAGGAGGGGACGAGCACCCUGGGAGUGAAGGUGGUCCUAAUUGGGACAAAGCCGCCGAAGAAGAAGGUGCUCCGAGAGCGCCCGCGUGAGGAGGGAGGCAUGCGCAAGAGCCGCUCCCUGAACAGCAGAGUCCGGGAGCUGCAGUACCUGGACGAGUCCACCUGCAGCUCGUCAGAGACUGAGAGCAACCCCACCACCCCCAGGCCGGUCCGCAAGACGCAGUCCCUCAACAAGCUGAGCCCCACAGGAGGGGGUGCCAGCUUCCUGCAGAACAAUCACCUGAGCCCAGCCUUGUCGCCCCGCUCCAGCCCCUGGUCCAGCCCCCGCGUCAGCCCACGCACCAGCCCCUGCCCCCAGCGCAAAUCCCCGCACAUCCAAAUGUCUCCCCUGGCCAGCGAGGGCAGGCUGAGCCCGGAGUCCGGCCGCCGCUGGGCGGACUACUCUUCGGACAGCAGCCUGACCCCGAUCGGCAGCCCCUGGGUGCAGCGUCGGCGCCAGGUGGCCUCCCUGGAGAGCAGCCCCGUCGGCAGCCCGAUGAUGGGCCGCAAGAUCCAGAAUGCGGACGGGCUGCCGCCCGGGGUGGUGAGGCUGCCCCGCGGCCCCGACGGCACCCGCGGCUUCCACAACCCCUCGGUGGAAGAGCGGGGAAAGACUGCAGCAACCCAAACCUGAUCCGGCGGAUCGGAGAAGAGCCCACACACCCAGCACGCUCCAGGCAGCAAGCCGUGUAGGUGAGAGAACUGAUGCAUCCCUCCCCCACACACGGUGAAUGAGAAUAUGAACAGUAGAAUGCCAUUUUUGCUAAUUGGCCUUUUGUUUUAUUUCGUUUUUGUUUUUUAAAUCUGUUUGUAAAUUUUAUUUUUGUGACCAUUCAAAAUGUUAUUUGUUCUAAGCUGUUACUACUGCAAGAGACUAGAGUUGGUUUCCGUGAAAUCCCAAAAGUUGAGUGCUUUUGAGCAGUAAAUGCCACACAGCAAUGGAGUUUAUCCCCAUAAGCGUACUGGGGUGUUCAUGAAAAGGGGUGGUGGGAGGAGGAACUGGGGUCUGACUCCAUUUUUAUUUACAAUGUCUCAUUGUGCACAGUGGGUCAAGUGAAGCAUUUUCAGUGGAUGUUGUGAAAAGUGGACAUGGUGUGACGUACUGACCAAUGAUUCACGGAAAAGGUUACAUGAUGUUGUGAAUUCAUCACUGUAUACCAUUUGUCUGUCUGAAUAUUACAAAAAACAGUAUUUGACUUGUCUUUUGUGAAAAGUGGCCAUUUUCAUGUUUACAGAUUCUUAUUUGUUUUAUUGUAGCAAAUUGGCUUUAAUUUGGUUUCCCCUUAUGCCUCAGGUGACUGAUAGCUAAUGCUGCUAAUAUAAGAGAUGCUAUCCUCACUCUGAAAUGGUGAUUAUAUAGCCUACGGUCUGUCUUACCCUUGAGAGGAUGUAGGCAUCGAUGCAUUUCCUGUUUGUUUGUGUGGGAAUGGCAGUGUUUGUGUGUGUGUGGGAGGUUAAUUUGACGGUCCAUGCUCAGAUGUUGCUGCAGCAAUCAAAUGUGCAUUUCCUCUUGUACAAAUAAAGCACUAAAAUUGCAUUUGCACUUGA